UCCCCGCCCUGUACUCCGCCUUCCUCCCCAGUCCCCCCCCCCCCCCCCCCCGCUCCGGGGCGGUCCUAGCCGCUCACCGCAAGAAGAAAAGCCACCCGUUGGUCCCCCUCCCCUACCUCCCAUCCUUUGCCCAGGAGCUGCCUUGGCAGUCACGCCCCUUCCUUCCGAGGAGCUUUCUGGCUGCCUAAACUGGUAGACCCCCUGAAUUACUCCUCCGUCUCCGCUCUCUUUCGCCUCCUCUUCUCUUAGUUCUCUCCGCCUCCCCCCCUAACUACCACCACCUCCAGUCAAUCUCGCCUCCGACCAUCCGCUGCUCCACCCUCUGGCCCGGUAUCCUGCCUGUCCACUGCCACCAAGGAGAGCCCGAACGGAGCAGCGAAGAGGGGAGCAGCCGGGAGUUGGGGCUUCCCCCCUGCCCAUCCCUGGCCGCUGGCCCGGGACCGAAGCCACUUGAGCGAGCAGAGAGUCGUCACCUUGUCUUCGUUGCCUUCAGGGAGCUGCUGAGAAGGGCAAAUAAGAUAGCAGAAGUGAAAGAGCUUUUGUCUCCUUAGAAGGAAGGCUGAGAAACUAAAGAGUGACCAGUGGUUGGACUCUUGGCGGCGCUUACCCUGAACCUGAGUGUUAGGGGAGAGGGAAUCUGCCGUUGCGGUUUCUGGAGCUGCUCAUAAGCAAGAAUUCCCUAUCCUGAUCAAGGCUUUAAGCCUAAAAGAAAGCAGAAAUAGGUCAAGGGCAGCCCAGGUGCCCAAUUUCUCUCUCUCUUCACAAGGCACCACCAGCAAUAGAGAUGAGAAAUUCUGAAGAACAGCCAAGUGGAGGUACCACAGUAUUGCAGCGUCUGCUACAAGAGCAGCUUCGCUAUGGCAAUCCUAGUGAGAAUCGCAGCCUUCUUGCCAUACACCAGCAAGCCACAGGGAAUGGCCCUCCUUUCCCCAGUGGCAGUGGGAACCCAGUCCCUCAAAGUGAUGUGUUGAGUCCCCAAGACCACCACCAACAGCUAGUGGCUCAUGCAGCUCGACAAGAACCCCAGGGGCAGGAAAUCCAGUCAGAAAACAUUAUCAUGGAGAAGCAGCUGUCUCCUCGAAUGCAGAAUAAUGAAGAACUCCCGACUUAUGAAGAAGCCAAGGUCCAGUCCCAAUACUUUCGGGGCCAACAGCAUGCCAGUGUUGGAGCUGCCUUCUAUGUCACUGGAGUCACCAACCAGAAGAUGAGGACCGAGGGACGCCCAUCAGUUCAGCGGCUCAAUCCUGGAAAGAUGCACCAAGAUGAAGGACUCAGAGACCUUAAGCAAGGGCAUGUACGUUCCUUGAGUGAACGACUAAUGCAAAUGUCACUGGCCACCAGUGGAGUUAAGGCCCAUCCACCUGUUACCAGUGCUCCCCUCUCCCCACCACAACCCAAUGACCUCUACAAGAACCCCACCAGUACCAGUGAAUUCUACAAGGUCCAAGGGCCACUUCCUAACCAGCAUAGCCUGAAGGGCAUGGAACACCGAGGCCCCCCACCAGAGUAUCCCUUCAAGGGCAUGCCACCCCAGUCUGUAGUGUGCAAGCCCCAAGAGCCAGGGCACUUCUAUAGUGAGCAUCGCCUGAACCAGCCAGGGAGAACAGAGGGGCAACUGAUGAGGUAUCAGCAUCCCCCUGAGUAUGGAGCAGCCAGGCCAGCACAGGACAUCUCAUUGCCAUUGUCAGCCAGGAACUCUCAGCCUCACAGCCCUACUUCUUCUCUGACCUCUGGGGGGUCCCUGCCCUUGCUACAAUCUCCACCAUCCACUAGAUUGUCUCCUGGCCGACACCCCUUGGUCCCAAACCAGGGAGACCAUUCAGCUCACCUGCCUAGGCCGCAGCAGCAUUUCCUUCCUAAUCAGGCUCACCAGGGGGAUCAUUACCGUCUCUCCCAACCUGGCCUGAGUCAGCAACAGCAGCAACAGCAGCAGCAGCACCAUCAUCACCAUCACCACCAACAGCAGCAGCAGCCACCACAGCAGCCAGGAGAAGCCUAUUCAGCUAUGCCUCGGGCUCAGCCAUCCUCUGCUUCUUAUCAGCCAAUGCCAGCAGACCCUUUUGCCAUUGUUUCCAGAGCCCAGCAGAUGGUUGAGAUCCUCUCAGAUGAGAACAGGAACUUGCGGCAGGAGUUGGAAGGAUGCUAUGAGAAGGUGGCCAGACUGCAGAAGGUGGAGACAGAAAUCCAGCGAGUCUCAGAGGCAUAUGAGAACCUCGUGAAGUCAUCCUCCAAAAGAGAGACCCUAGAGAAAGCCAUGAGAAACAAGCUAGAGGGCGAGAUUCGGAGGAUGCAUGACUUCAACAGGGAUCUGAGAGAGCGUCUAGAGACUGCCAACAAGCAGCUUGCAGAGAAGGAAUAUGAGGGGUCAGAGGACACCAGAAAAACCAUUUCACAGCUCUUUGCAAAAAAUAAAGAAAGCCAGCGUGAGAAGGAGAAGCUGGAAGCAGAGCUGGCCACUGCCCGUUCUACCAAUGAGGACCAAAGACGACACAUUGAAAUCCGAGACCAGGCCCUGAGUAAUGCCCAGGCCAAGGUGGUAAAGCUGGAAGAAGAGCUGAAAAAGAAGCAAGUGUACGUUGACAAGGUGGAGAAGAUGCAGCAGGCCCUUGUACAGCUCCAGGCAGCAUGUGAAAAACGUGAGCAGCUAGAGCACCGUCUCCGGACACGACUAGAGAGGGAACUGGAAUCCCUGAGAAUUCAGCAGCGUCAGGGCAGCUGUCAGCCCACCAGCGUUUCAGAAUACAGUGCCACUGCGCUGAUGGAGCUUCUUCGGGAGAAAGAGGAGAGGAUUCUGGCUCUGGAAGCUGAUAUGACAAAGUGGGAGCAGAAGUAUUUGGAGGAGAAUGUGAUGAGACAUUUUGCUCUGGAUGCUGCUGCAACUGUGGCUGCUCAGAGGUACAACAAGGUCUUUCUAUGUUCUUUGUCUUCGGCUCCUAGGAUUAAGACCCUCCAUGCGCAGAUUAUCGAGAAGGAUGCCAUGAUCAAAGUACUCCAGCAGCGUUCCCGAAAGGAGCCGAGCAAGACAGAGCAGCUGUCGUGCAUGAGGCCAGCGAAGUCUCUGAUGUCCAUUUCCAAUGCUGGAUCAGGCUUGCUCUCCCACUCAUCCACCCUGACUGGCACCCCCAUCAUGGAAGAAAAGCGAGACGACAAGAGCUGGAAGGGGAGCCUAGGCAUUCUCCUGGGUGGAGACUACCGUACUGAAUAUGUCUCUUCCACACCCUCGCCUGUACCCCCCUCGACUCCCCUGCUCUCGGCUCACUCCAAGACAGGCAGCCGAGACUGCAGCACCCAAACUGAACGUGGAACGGAAUCGAACAAAACCGCAGCUGUUGCUCCCAUCUCUGUUCCUGCUCCAGCUGCUGCUGCUACCACUGCUACCGCCAUCACUGCCACUGCUGCCACCAUCACCACCACCAUGGUAGCUGCUGCUCCAGUUGCUGUUGCUGUUACUGCUGCUCCAGCUGCUGCUGCUGUUGCUGCUACCCCAUCUCCAGCAACUGCUGCUGCUAUUGCUGCUGUUUCUCCAGCUGCUGCUGGUCAGAUUCCAGCUGCUGCCUCUGUUGCUCCUCUUGCUGCUGCUGUUCCUUCUCUUGCUGCUGCUGCUGUUCAGGUUGCUCCAGCUGCUCCGACUCCGGUUCCAGCUCCGGCUCUGGUUCCGGUUCCAGCUCCAGCAGCGGCUCAGGCUUCUGCUCCUGCUCAGACUCAGGCACCAACUUCAGCUCCGGCUGCGGCUCCAACUCCAGCUCCAACUCCAACUCCAGCUAUGGCUCAGGCUGAGGCUCCUGCAAGUCCAGCUACCGGUCCUGGACCACAUCGUUUGUCUACACCAAGUUUGACCUGCAAUCCAGACAAAACGGAUGGCCCUGUGUUCCACUCCAAUACUCUGGAAAGAAAAACUCCCAUUCAGAUCCUGGGACAAGAGCCUGAUGCAGAGAUGGUGGAAUAUCUCAUCUAAAUGGCCAAAUCAAGAGCUGCAGAUUAUCAGCAAAAAUUAUUUUAAUCAUUUUCCCCUUUUAUUUGUUCUUAUUUUGAGGGUGAGGACAAGGGUUGGGGGGAGGGGAUUUUUUAAAUGGGACUUUUUAUUGGAACAAUGUACUACUUAAGUAAUACCAUAGGAACGCCAGUCUAUUCUGGUAUGCUUAGGAAGUACCUCUAAAGACAGAUUAAUCAGAAUGUGCUCUAAAGUUUAUCGUUUGGAUUUAUACAAAUACUGGGACUGUUAACAGGUGGCUAUACAUUGAUGUUUUCAAUGUGCUUGAAUUUGUUUAAAAUUUCCAUAUUCUAGAUGAUUUUUUAUUGAAGAGCACAGUAUGUGUGGAAGACAGUGUGUAACAUGUAGUUUGGAAGUGGGAAGCUGUAGAGAAUUUAGUGUGUGCUGUUUUGUAUAGUUACUAUCCUGUACAGCAGCCAGAGAAUGCUCUCGCCUCAAGCUUACAAAAGGGAGUAGUUUCAGGAGCUAUGUAAGCUGGAAAAAGGUAGGGAGUUUUGGGGUGCAGAAGGGUGCUGGAGCUAAUUUUUUCCCCCAAUUUCCCAGCUACCCUGCCCCAGGGAAUUGUGUUUGUCUUCAUUUCAGUGGUGCUUUGGAAACGGAUUCUUUUGGUUCCCUCCUGGAGGUUCAUACAUUCAUAUAUAUGCUCUGGAGUAAUUUAUGCAUUUGGAUAAUUAAUAUAUUGCUUUCAGAUGCUGGGAGAGUACAUUAACUGAGUGUUGCACAACUUCCUCUCUCUUAGGGAGUUAGACCAUCAGAGGCCAUGAUGAAGAGUUGCAUGAGGUGCUAUAUGCAGACUUUCAUGGUCUGUGUGUAGCCAUGAACACAGCUUGCUUGCAUUUAGUAAGACCAGUCAGUUUAGUGUUUAUUUCUUCUACAGCACAGAUUCACUGGCUGGGUGUCCAGUCUCAAAUUGCCAAUCAUUUACAAAGUGAGGAAGGAUCUUUGUUGACAGGUUGAAUGCUUUGAAUUUCUGCUAACUACUUUGAAAUAACUUGUUUGGUUUGUCAGAUUCUGAGCAUAUAUCUUAAAAGGCAUUUUUGACUAUCACCUCCAAGGGAAUAGCAUCAGAAACCCAAAGUACUAUGCUGCAGUCAGGGGAGAGGUUGAUUGCAGCAGUAUUCUCAACUACCUCUUCUCAUUGUCAGUGACUCCAUCUUGGAAUACCUUUCGGAAGCAGCAGGAAAUGUGCAUAUGGGUACAGAUCAAAGGCGGCAAUGGCUCCAAGCCUUGCCAUGGGGCUGCCUCCAAGGACACAGAAGGAUGCCAGUUGCCACAGGUCCCUGCCCUGUGUCACCUGUCUGCCCUUCAUUAAGGUGACAAACCUGCAGAUAGCAUCAUUAAGAUCAAUUUUAAGGGGUAUGGGGAGGGUGAGGGGAGUGGGGGGGGUGUUAGGUAAGGGUAGGGGGUAGAAGUUUUGAGAUGUGUUAGUUAGAAAACAGAUUAAUAGAAGAGUAGGCUUGAUAUAUUACAUCAUGAGCCAUAGUGGUGGAAAAGAACUUUAGCAAUAUAGCCCUACCCCCUCAUUUUAGUGAUGAGGAAUCUGAGAACUGGAGAGGUUCAGUGACUUUUUCAAAGUCACACAACACAGCUAACCAUUAUGCCAAUUACCAUGCUUAUUUUGGGAAACUCUUGUUUUUUUAAAUCCCAUUUUAUGAAAAGGCAUCUUCAUGGUCCAGGGAAUAUGUAUCUUACACAACAUCCCUGGCUGGAGUAGCUUGUCCAGUCUUGACAAACUACUGAAUUUCUGUCUUGCUUCUCCUUCAGUGCCUUUUAAACGGUUUUCCCUUUUCUGAUCUGCAUUUCAACAUUGAGUCACAUAAAGGUCCCCCUAAGAAAUCAAUCCUACUUCUUUCUAGGAAACUGGGUGUCUUAGAUAAUCUUUUGGGGUUCCUCUGUGAGUAUAGGAAUGGUAUCUUUCCUAAUUAUCUUCCAGAGGAAUUAUUCUGUGUGUGUACAUGUUUGCGUGUAGAGACAUAAAGGUGGGUGAUGUGAUUUUAAGCUAGUUCUUUCACAUUUUCAAUGAGGAAAUCAUUUUACAUACACAUCAGUCCUCAGUUACAAAGUGAAUCCCAGAUAGAAAUUAAAAGUGCAGUUGUGUUAACUCUUUCAUACUAUCCUUUAGUUAUAAGGAGGGGGGAAAAAAAAAAAACCUCAAAUAGUAGAAAGCAGCAAGUAGCAGACUUCAGGAGAGUUACUUUCUAUCCAAAUCAAUAAUUUAAAAAAUACUUUUCACCUGUUCCUUUCAUGAUUAUAACACAUUGGCAGACUUUUUGCUGGCUCUGGGAGCCAUGAGUUUAAUCACAUUCUGCAAGGUGACAAAUGUCAUACAUUCCACAUUGUGUGGUAGCCAUCUCUUUAGACUCAUGUGUUUUGGGGAAAGGAAGAAGUUAUUGGCUAAGUACUAUUUUGAACUUUGCAGAACCUAUCUGUCCUCUCACACCAGAGAUAGUUCCUCUCUGCUCAGUUUCCAAUCCCAGGUAAUUUGCUAAAAUAACAUCGUACAUCUCAGAGAGGGAAGAAGAGUAUGUCAGUAUAUUACACAGAAGAUAGAUACAGCCUUUUCAGAAGAUCUCCAUUAGUUCUUCCAAAAAUUCAAGUUUAUGGGUGAAAUCUCAAUUAGCCAUCUUUUCACAGAUGUGUAGAUGUCACAUUUGGGGAAUCUUUCUGGACUCCUACCUAUCUGUGCAUUUUACUGGCACCUCAGGAAAGGAGGGUGACCACGUUGACUUAGCUUGUACUGCCUGGUGGUCUCUGAGGACCUUCUAAUUCAGUUGUUCCCCAAUUUUCCAUGUAUAGAAAAACUUCAUUAGAACAAACUUUACUUGAUAUGAAACUCCUAUUAACAAUCUUUUUUGAAAUAAAAUUAGCUUUGGCUUUCUUUUAAAAUCAUGUAUCUUGAUUGUUGAUUUAAUGAAGGAUUUCCUUUUAAUGCUGCUUUUGAGCUUCAGGGUAAUAGGACAGCAGGAACCUUAAAUAUCUGCCAUCAUCUGCCAUAGGAAAGAUAUCCAGAGACCUGUCAUGUUGUCUUUUUGUUGUUACACCAUUGGGUGGAUAUAACAAUUAGAAAAUGAACAAACUGAUUGUGCAAACUACUUUUUAUGACACGCUUAAACCUUCAUAAUGCGGCAGCUUAAAGUAUAUACAUAUGCACUAACUUUGAUCAAUAUCUGUUAGCCACACAAUCUCCUAUUAUCUCAAUUGCUUAAUUGCAUAUGGAAUAUGUUACUUAAAAUGUGUGCAUUCUUACUGAAAAUGUUUUCAAAGGAGGGCAUCAGUUGUGGGCUAAUUGCCACCAAUUUCAGCCUGCCAUGAUUCUUGGAAAUAUAUCUUCCAACAAGUGUUACAAGUGUUGGGAGCUUGUUUAUUUUUUUCCAGGAGCAAUGAUGGGUUGCAUGGAGCCAUGAAACCUCCUUCUGGCCUCCCUUGUGAUUAAUGGCAUGUGUUUGUAAAAUGGAUAGCUGGGGUUGGCAGAUGGCUAGAGAAGAAUCACCUGUGGUUUAAAAUGUAUGUGGUCCCCUAAUGAUUGUGACCCCAUUCUGUAAUCAACUGAGCUAGUUCCAAUAAAAUUAAGCAGGUUUAAAUCCACUUUGUGCCUAUCUUUUCACUUACAAUAAAGUUAGCUAUUUUAAAAUGCA